CGUUUCUAUAGGUAACACAGCCGGAAAGCACACGCGCUGGGUGUGGAAAUGUGGCCAAAGGAUUUGCCCGGAUUUGCCAGCUGGCUGUUCUCAUUAUUGCUAAUACCCCUAAUCCUAAUACUGUCCAGCUCGCACGGUUCUGUGCACGACGAGCUGCCGCAGUGCACGCUGCAGGGCGUCUAUCGCCAGCGCCAGAGCCUCAUCGAGUCGCCCAACUAUCCGGACACCUAUCCGUUCAACAGCUGCGUGGAUUAUGUUAUACGUUCGCCAUAUCGCUGCCCCACCAAGUUUCAUGUGCAGUUUCUGGACUUUCAGCUGGAGCUGUCCGCGAAUUGCAGUCGCGACUAUUUGGCCGUGGGCCUGCAGCAUGAUGAUCGCGACCUGGACGUGCUCUGCGGCCAGGUGCUGGGCAUCAAGAAGUACCAAACGCCGGAUGGCAUAUUACGGCUGCGCUUCCUCAGCGACAAUUCCCCGUGGACAACGGGCGGCGGCUUCCGGCUGCUUGUGACGCGUUUGGCCUGCGAACGCGAGGAUUUAACGGCACGCGGCUUGCCCGCGACAAAUGAGCCGGAUGAUGCGGAUGAGCCGGAUGAUGCGGAUGAUACGGUACAGGUGAAUGCCCAAUUGCCGCACAAGCAACACCAUCAUCAUCAGCUGCAGGGGGCGGGACACAACGCAAGCUCGGCGCAGUCUGUGCUGCCCGGCUGGCCAGGCGGCUAUCCGGACUAUCCGGCUUUUGCUCCGGGCGGCUUCUAUUUGCCCUUGCUACCGCAGCAGCAACAAUUGCUCCAACUGCAGCAACAAUUUGGACAGCAGCAACAAUUUGGACAGCAGCAACAAUUGCUACCACAGCAGCAACAGUUGAUCCAACAGCUGCUCCAGCAACAACAAUUUGGACAGCAGCAACAGUUGCAACCACAACAGCAACAGUUGCUCCAACAGCAACAGCUUGGACAGCAGCAACAGUUGCAGCCACAGCAGCAACAGUUGCCCGCCAUCUCGGAUCAGUAUCAAACGAGCUCGUUUCACGAGCCCACCGCCAAUCUGCGGGAUUACGAUCCUCAGUUUGGGGGGCAGGUGGAUUUGUGCUGUGUAAGCAGCUUUAGUCAGGCGCAUUUUUAUCUCUCCAGUCCGGGUUUUCCGCGCACCGUGCUCAACGCUCUGCUGCCCAAUCAGCAGCGGGAUUGCGUCAUCUAUCUGGAGAAGAGUUCACCCAAUGUCGCCGGAUUGCGCAUUCAAUUCAAGUUCUUUGAUUUCGGACAAUCCACUGCGGCCGGGAAUUAUCCGGCUGCCGCCUCAGCCGGCGGCUGCUCCGGGGAUUUCAUUGAGCUGGAUGGGCAGCGCUAUUGUGGCUGUCGCUCGGGUCAUGUGCACAAAUCCUUUUGGCCGCAGGGCCGCAAGGCGUUGCGUCUGCGCAUGGGUCAGUCGGGUGGCGCGGCCUCCAACGGUUUUCUGCUCGAGAUCUUCCACGAUCAGGACACCAGCAACUAUAGGCUGGAUGGCAACAGGCCGCUGAAUGGCCAAAGUGCGACGGGCUUGCCGGGUUUGGGCGGACUCCAGCCUCAGCUGGGCGGGUUCCAGUCGCAGCUGGGCGGACUCCAGUCUCAGUUGGGCGGACUCCAACCUCAGCUGGGCGGACUCCAAACACAGCUGGGUGGGCUCCAGCCUCAACUGGGCGGACUCCAGUCGCAGCUGGGCGGGUUCCAAUCCCAACUGGGCUACCAGCCGCAGACUACGUUCUGGCAGGGCUAUCCCGGACGCCUGCCCAGCUAUCCGCUCUCCCCCCUGUUACCCAUCACGCCGUAUCGGCAGUCGAGGCAGGCGCCUGGUUCCUGGGCUUAUGCGCGCGGUCUGGACGCACAGCAGCCGGCGCGCGUCGUGGAAACCAAUUCGACGCGCAAGGAGUUCUAUUAUUUCGAUGCCGAUCAGGCUUUUGCGCGCGCCGCCCUCGACGAAGACGGCGACAAUGAAGAUGAGCCAAAGGCGACAACCACGGCGCCGGCUCGACCGGGCACAAAGGCGUUCGAGCAGAGCAGCUGCACCUUUGAUUACAUGGAGGUGCUGCGUCUGUCCGUGGACACGCUCUGGCUGACCAAACCCAUUUGCCUGGCGCCGUUGCGCAGCUGGUUUAGCAAUAUUUUUGGCUAGCCUCGAUAGUUCUGGAAAUCCAUAAAUAAAUCCCAUUUUCGCUAGUUAAA